CAAGGCCAAAGCUAUGAAUACGAAACGUUACAAUAUUUGAAGUUGUUAAUACUACUUAACUACCGCAGAGGUACAUAAUUUUUUAAAACUAGACAUUAUACUGUAGAAGUAGCAUUUUGUUUGGGUCUGUAUUCCGUACAGAUAACUAAAAUGUCUGAUCAAAACACCAAGAUGCUGAAUUAUGUUCAUCAAGCUACCAUUAUGAGUGAAACAAUCAAGAAGGAGUUGAGAUAUCAAAAGUUAUUCACAGAAUAUGGCAUCAACCCAUUUAAGAAGAUGUGUCCUUUGGCUGGAAAACCAAAUAGAAUACAAGAAGCUGAUGCUGAAGACAAACAUUUUGCUGAAGUUAUAAGACGUGCUGCUUUGGAACCGCCGAAGAAAUACAUUGAGCCUCAAACAGAAAAUCAAGAAUAUGGUUGGAUAAGUCAGCCAUUAAUGGAAAUUGAUCGGUCUGAUUCAAGGUUUUAUCAUCCCAAAGUGGCAUGUGAAAUGACUAAAUUCAUGGAUGCGUACUGGAAGUUAAAUGAACAGCGUAAAAUGAACUCGUAAUUUGCAGUUGGGUACCAGUAAAGUAUAGACAUGACCUGAAAGGAAACUUUUGAAAACUUAAAAUAACUCGGUUGGAAGAUAAUCUCCUUACGGUUCUCUUCUCUUUUCUCUGCCCAUCCAUACCUCUCCUUUGAUACGUAUGUCUACCUAGACAAAGAAGUCUAUGGCAAUAUUUUUGUAAAACAAAAUGAAUUUUAUUUUAUUUACCAGUGUAGCAUUCCUUAUUCACAUAGAUAUAUACAUAAUUUACAAGACUAUUUUCGUAAUUAUUAAGUUAGUCCAUACUGUAGUGCAAUACAAUUGCAAUACUAAUAAAAAUCAUAUUUCACACUUGAUUAUCA